AUGAGCUCCCCGACCAGCCGGAAGGGCUCCCAGCCCCAUCAACUCCGUACCGCCGCCGAACCCCGACAAAACCGUCUGUACAACGUCCGGCUCUCGCACAUCGAGCAGGUCAAUCCCUCCGUGCGGCUCCUGCAACUGACCAUUCCCCCGGAGGUCCAGGAUGAGGCCGAGGGGCCAGAACUGGACCAAACCACACCCCCCCAACCCCUAACCUUCCUCCCGGGCCAAUGGCUCGACGUCCACAUCCCGACCAUCUCCCACGCCGGCGGCUUCAGCAUCACCUCCACCCCCGCCGACGCCCAAAUCCUCCCCUCCCUGGAACCCCCCACCGCCAUUCCCAUCGAAGAAACAGACAUCCCCCCCAUCGAUCCCCACGGCAGACCUCCCUACGUGGAAUUAGCCGUUCGCCAUGCGCCCUCCAACCCCGCUAGUGCGUGGCUGUGGCGUCCCGCGGAUGAGAUCCUAGGCACGGAACUCAGUAUUCGUGUGGGAGGGAGUUUCGUUUGGCCGCCUAGUAGUAGUGGGGUGGUGGAGUUGACGAGGAUUCGCACGGUGGUUUUUGUAGCGGGUGGGGUGGGGAUUAACCCACUAAUCUCCAUGCUCUCACACCUCAACAACGGCGACGACGAAGCAACCGCCCUCCAACAUCCACACCUCAACAUCCGAUUCUUAUAUUCGACGAAACUCCCCCGCGGAGAGGGCGAGGCCAACGGGACGAGUCUCGACCAGGUCCUGUUUCUGUCGCGUCUUCGACAGAUCAUUGCGUCGCAGUCACAGUUUCAUCGGUUGCAGAUUAGUUUAGAUCUGUUUAUUACGGAUUUGGAUCCGGGGACGGAGUUGGGGUCUUUGCUGGGUGGGUCGAGUGAGGAUUUGACGCUGCAUGCGCGGAGGAUUAAUCGGGGGGAUUUGGAAAAGGUGGUUAGUGGGCCGGAUGGGAGGGUCAGGCCGGAGGAGACGGUGUGUUAUGUGUGUGGGCCGCCGGAGAUGACGGAUGAAGUGGUGGAGAGCCUUGAGGGGUUCCUGGGGAAAGGGGAGCGUGUAUUCUAUGAAAAGUGGUGGUGA